CUGCCCCAAAAGUUGCUGAAGAACUUCAGAGAAAAAAAAGUUUGGUCAGUGAAUGCGCAGUGAUUUUCAGUGCCUAGAAAUCGCUUUGCAGAUGUCUCUGGAAGUGGUACUCCACUUACUGGAAAAGGUGUCCAGCUUUCAGAUUAAAACUUUUUGAAACUUCGAUUCCUGGAGGUUUUUGGAAGAAGUUUUUUUUUUUUUAAUCGGGAAAGUUUGGGAAGAUAUGCGCGUUUCUACACUGGGCAGUGGGUCCUGGCCGAGCGGAAAAAUAAACCGUCGCCGUGUGUUUAUUUUCGCCAGGCUUGGAUAGCGAGUUUACGCCAGUAUUUGGAUAAGUAGCGCGGCGCGCGGAUGAGUUUAGACUCGUUCAGAUUGAUGCAGUUCGGACUUUCUGCGCGCGGUUGACGCGUCUUUGAGCGCUUCAGUCAGAUAAGUGAUUACUGCUUGUUUUUUUUUUUUUUUUUUAAAUAAGGAGGUUUUUUUUGGGUCUUUGCUUCUUGAUUUGAAAUCAUGGACCCGAGCCAGCAUAACCCCCCCGCAGGACACCAGGUGGUCCAUGUCCGCGGAGACUCGGAGACCGAUCUGGAGGCGCUCUUUAACGCCGUGAUGAACCCCAAAAGCGCCGCUGUGCCCCCAUCCGUGCCAAUGAGGAUGAGGAAGCUGCCAGACUCCUUCUUCAAACCACCCGAGCCCAAAUCCCACUCCAGACAGGCGAGUACAGAUGCAGGCACGGCCGGUACGCUCACUCCACAGCAUGUCAGGGCGCACUCCUCGCCUGCCUCCCUGCAGCUGAGCGCCGUCACAUCCGGCACGAUGAGCACCCUGACCCCAGCAGGCACCUCCCCCCAGCACCUGCGUCAGCCCUCCUACGAGAUCCCUGAUGAUGUGCCCCUUCCUCCAGGCUGGGAGAUGGCCAAGACCCCGUCUGGCCAGAGAUACUUCCUUAACCACAUUGACCAGUCAACCACCUGGCAGGACCCUCGCAAGGCCAUGCUCCAGAUCACCCAGCCGAACUCAGCCAGCCCUGUCCCUGUUCAGCAGCAAAACCUCCUGAACCCGGCCUCAGGUCCUCUUCCUGAAGGCUGGGAGCAGGCAAUCACAGCAGAGGGAGAGAUCUACUACAUCAACCACAAGAAUAAAACAACAUCCUGGCUGGACCCACGGCUCGACCCACGCUAUGCUCUGAACCAGCAGCGAAUUACCCAGAGUGCUCCAGUAAAGCAGGGCACCCAGCUCCCCUCCAGCCCCCAGAACCCAGCCGUCAUGGGAGGGAACAACCAGAUGAGACUGCAGCAGCUGCAGCUGGAGAAAGAGAGACUGAGACUUAAACACCAGGAGCUGCUCCGCCCGAGACCACAGGAGCUGGCUUUGAGGAACCAGCUGCCCACCAGCAUGGAGCAGGACAGUGGCACUCAGAACCCGGUGUCGUCCCCUAGCAUGGGACAGGACGGUCGCAGCAUGACCACCAACAGCUCAGACCCCUUCCUCAACAGCGGAACAUAUCACUCCAGAGAUGAGAGCACAGACAGUGGCCUGAGCAUGAGCAGCUACAGUGUCCCGCGCACUCCAGACGACUUCCUGAACAGCGUAGAUGAGAUGGAGACAAGCGAUUCCCUCGGCCCUGCGUCCUUGGCGACCCAGCCAAGCCGUUUCCCAAACUACCUGGAUGAAAUCCCAGGCACUGAUGUGGACUUGGGCACCCUGGAGGGCGAGAGCAUGGCAGUGGAAGGCGAGGAGCUGAUGCCGAGCCUGCAGGAGGCGCUGAGCUCCGACAUCCUGAACGACAUGGAGUCUGUGCUGGCUGCGACCAAGAUCGACAAAGAGAGCUUCCUGACCUGGCUAUAGAUCAGCUUUAACACGCACUCCGCCUCCGCUAUCUUCACACUGAACUGCUGCCUAGGCCAAUCUGUGAAGGAUGUGUAGAUGCUUUGAGUUUUUUUUUUUUUUUUUGGUGGUUUUUAAAGAGACAUUUCACUCUCUUAGACUUUGAUUGCAUUUUUUUUUCCCACUCACAUUAAGCAUUAAUCACGGUUGGACUGGUUUCAUUGGGGGCUUUUGCCUGUAAUAUAUAAACCGCACUUGGCCGAACUGGUUUUACAAGCAGAUUUAAUUUCUUUUAUUUCUUUUCCCCUCCCAUCACCUUUUUUUUUUCAUGUCUGCAUCCUCAAGGCUGGCCCAUGAACAGACAAUUAUUCACCCUCUCCUCUUAUACACGUGUGUAUGGCUUUGACAAAGUGUUGAACCCUCAUCACUCUCGUAUACAACCUCAUCCUCGCCCACGGCCUGAACUGCCGUUUCCCUCUUUCCUUCAUUCACUACAAGCCUGGCAAACCAAAAACACUCACGAGGGCUGCUUGCAUGUGUGUGGAUCAUGAUGAGAUCUCAAUGAGCUUGAGCUGGAGAUCUUGAGGGUUGAACCUGUUGCUUUAGGAAGGCUGAUCACCCUGCUCGGCUGUGCCAGCAUAUCAAACUGUAAUCGAUACAAGUGCCUUCGGUUUGAUCUCAUAGUGCAGCAAUUAAAACACUACUUUUUAACACUAUAUAUAUUUACGAACAAUUCUGACCGCGCUCUUUUCUAUUUACAGUUUUCAUUAAUCGAAAAUGUCUUUUAAAGUUUAUAUAAAAAUGCAUUUUGUUGGAUUUUUCUAAACUCUAGCCUCAGUCUUAUGACUGACUUUUUUUUUUCCAUGUAUGAUAGAUCAGAUUCUUUUCUCAUGGUAACUGGUUUGUUAUCUAACACGGUUGCCUUCCAGCAUGCUGCCACUGUUUAAUCAUCGCAGAAUAGAUGGAACUGAUUAUUACUAUUACCUAGUAAUCAGCAGAAAUGAUCAGGCUAGAUUCAGAGAGCUGUUUUUGUAUGUUAAUAUGUAGGUUUUCAAUCAUUAUUAAUGUAUUUUUGCCUAAUCAGUGACAGUAUCGUUCGAAAGCAAGGAGCAGAAUGUCAGAGUAACUUUUAUCAGUGACAAGCUGAGGAAGAGGAUGGACGCCCGUUGGCAUGGAAGUGAUUGGAGCGGUGGAUUUGCUAUGUUUUAAGCUGGAUAAAUAAGCACGUCUCGAGGGUUUGCGGUUUAGAGCGGAGGGUAGCUGGUACUCGAUUUGGUAAUCACGAUUAAGAACGAUAGCGUUGUAGAGUUUAAUGGAAACAAUCAGCGAUAACUUGUCAGGAUUUUUUAUUUGCUUUUGACGAGGCUUCCAAAGAGUUUAAUGAGUCUUUUUCUCUUUUAAAAACAAAAUAAUUUAUCCUAUUCUUUGUGUGUAUACAUGUAGCAUAAGCUAAUGAGAGAAUGUCCAGCUGAUGAUUAGUCAGUGGAUAUGUGAUGACUGUCACAAAUCUCCCAUACUAGAUACUCGAUGAGCAAGUUACCAAGAGCAGCCUUGUUGUCAGUCGUUUACAUUGUUGCAGAGCGAUAGAACACUACAGACGUUAAGCGAUAAUGCUGUUGUAGAUCCUUUAUAUAGAGACACAAUGUGUAUCUUAAGAUGUUUACAAGAUUAUUACCCCCUACACUACUCAGAUGAUGAUCCUACACUUUAAAUGUGAUUUUAUUUUUUAAAAGUAAAGGUUUGUUAAUGAAAUAACAGUUUAUUUGAUGUACUUGUAUUCCUUCAGGAGUCAACAUGAACAAGGCAUGUGCUGAUAAUGGCUCAUAUGAUGUAUCAAUAUUCAAAACACUGCAAAACGAUCAAAAUGCCACUUCCCUUGCAUUCCAUUUCCGAGGCAGCUGCCAAAGUAGGCAACAUUUUUUUGGGGACGUUUGUGCUCCUGAGGUAAAGUCUCUCAUUCAGAAUUUCUAAUUUAAUAAAAAAUAUCAUAAUGUCAGAUACCAUGAUAAAAUGUAAGAAAAUAUUGUGAUAUGAAAAUUGAAUAUCAGCACCUGCCUUAUGUGAACAAAGAUCAAAACCUGUGAUCAAACUUCGUCGCUGUGACCUGAACAAAUAGUGGAAAACAAGACCCAGGUAGUAUGUUUAGAAUAGUAUCUAUUUUUACAGAAGUAUGGUGUUGGACACUAGUUGGAAUAAACAGUGUUGGAGAUAGCAAUGCAACAAAAACAAAUCAUUUUUAUAAAUUGUUGGUACAGUGCUGGUAUUGCAUGUUUAACAGAACAUUGCUUAAAAUGUGUGUCACUUAAACAUGAUUUUAUGCGUAGUUAGUGUGCGACUCUGAAUAUAUAAUAACUUUUUUUUUUUUUUUUUUGUAGUGGUAGUACUAAUCACUUGAGUUAAAGGAUUGGUAUUUAGAUAUCUCUAAAUGCACACGGAAUGAAUUUAUAUCCAUUUAUUAUGAUCUGUUUUUUUUUCUUUCUUUUUUUUUUUUCAUAGAUUUAUGUGCAUGUAUCUUAGAACCUUAUGUUCUGUUACAUUCUAUCCCUUUGCAUAAUACUUUUAAAAUGGAUGGGCCUGUAAUAAAAAAAAUAUAUACUUUGUUGUA